AUGCAAUGGAUCAGAAAUCCCUUUGAAGAAGAUAACUUGAAAAAAUUGAAAAUAUCUGCAAGUGAAGAAGAUUCGUUUAUUGAAAUGUCAUGUGAUCAUACUUUAAAAUCGUAUUUUAAAAGUACACAAUUAGUGCCAUUCUGGUUAAAUGUUCGGAAAGACUAUCCAGCAAUUGCUAAAAUUGCACUGAGAAACUUGAUGGGCUUUUCCACAACUUAUCUAUGUCAACGUGCUUUUUCUACUUUAAUUUAUUUAAAAAAUAAAUAUAGGAAUGUUGAGAAUGAUUUAAGACUAAAACUAAUAAGUUUUAAUCCAGAUAUUGACUUUCUCGUGAAGAACAAGCAAUGUCAAAAAUCAGAUUAA